AUGGCGACUACCGAUCUUGCCACCAUGGAGCUAAAGAAUCCCAUGGAUAUUGCAGAGUACUUAUUCCGACGUCUUCACGAGGUUGGAAUCCGCUCAUUGCAUGGUGUCCCCGGUGACUACAAUCUCGCAGCAUUGGAUUACGUGUCCAAGUGUGGUAUCAACUGGGUUGGAAACUGCAACGAACUCAAUGCCGGCUAUGCCGCCGAUGGAUAUGCUCGUGUGAACGGUAUCAGUGCCCUUGUCACCACAUUUGGUGUUGGAGAGCUGUCCGCCCUCAAUGCCAUCGCAGGCGCAUACUCCGAAUUCGUCCCAGUCGUCCAUAUCGUUGGCCAACCCACCACACAGUCUCAAAAGGAUGGCAUGUUGUUGCACCACACUCUCGGAAACGGCGACUUCAAUGUCUUCACGAAAAUGAGUGAGGGUAUCUCCUGCUACGUCGCACGUCUGAACAAACCCUAUGACGCAGCUACUCUGAUUGAUAGUGCGAUUCGUGAAUGUUGGAUCCGCAGCCGUCCAGUGUACAUCACUCUGCCAACAGAUCUUGUCGCUGCCAAGGUCAACGGUGAUCGCCUGAAGACCCCAAUUGAUCUUUCGCUGCCGAAGAAUGACCCGGAGAAGGAGAAUUACGUGGUCAGCGUUGUCCUGAAGUAUCUCCAUGCUGCGAAGAACCCUGUUAUCUUGGUUGACGCCUGUUCCAUCCGUCACCGUGUGCUAGAAGAAGUGCGCGACUUGGUGGAGAAGUCUGGCUUGCCAACCUUUGUGACUCCGAUGGGCAAGGGAGCCGUGAACGAGACCCACAAGAACUUUGGUGGUGUUUAUGCUGGCAAUGGGUCUAACCCUGGGGUCAGUGAGGCCGUCGAGUCCUCCGACCUUAUUCUGAGUAUUGGAGCGAUCAAGUCCGAUUUCAACACUACCGGUUUCACUUAUCGUGUUGGACAGCUGAACACCAUUGACUUCCAUAGUACCUUUGUGAGGGUGCGGUACUCGGAGUAUCCUAAUGUGAACAUGAAAGGCGUUCUAAGGAAGGUCAUUGAGCGGAUGGAUCCUAUGCCGCCGGCUCAUACUCCUCAGAUUACAAACCGAGUACCCAAAAGCGAGGAAAGCUCUACCGAUCAGACAAUCACCCACAAGUGGCUCUGGCCGAUCGUCGGGCAGUGGCUAAAGGAAAAGGACAUCGUCCUUACAGAGACUGGCACUGCGAACUUCGGUAUUUGGGACACUCGCUUCCCCGCGAACGUGACUGCCGUUAGCCAAGUUCUUUGGGGCAGCAUUGGCUAUUCCAUGGGAGCCUGUCAGGGCGCUGCCCUCGCGGCUAAAGAGCAGGAAGACCGUCGAACCAUUCUCUUCAUCGGCGACGGGAGUAUCCAGUUGACCGUUCAGGAAUUGAGUACUAUUCUGAGAAAUAAGUUGAACCCUAUCGUCUUCGUUAUCUGCAACGACGGCUACACUAUCGAGCGAUACAUCCACGGAUGGGACGCAUCUUACAACGACAUCCAGCCAUGGGACUUUGCCAAUAUCCCCAAAGUCUUCGGAGCCAACAACAACUACCAAGGCUACCGUAUCAAGACCCGUGACGAGCUCAACAAGCUGUUCGCUGACGAGGAAUUCAACGUGUCUGACAAGCUUCGACUGGUUGAAGUGUACAUGCCUCGCGAUGACGCCCCUGCCGGCUUGAAGUUGACCGCCGAGGCUGCUGCGCGACGAAACAAGUAA